AUGUCGAGCGCACCGCCGCCGCCACCGCCUGGCUUCCCGCUAGCAGGCGCACACACGCUCCCGCCCGUGCCGCCGCCCUGGACAGAGCACAAGGCGCCGACUGGCGCGCCGUACUGGUUCAACCCGAUCACCAACGUGUCGACCUACGUUCGCCCCAUCGCUCCUUCCCCACCGCCUGGCUUCCCGCUAGCCGGCGCUCCCCCUCCCCCUCCUCCCGGCUUCCCCGUCGCCGCAGCGCCACCACCUGCCACCGCCCUCCCACCGCUCCACUUCGGCUCGACUAGUGGCCCGUCCGCCCCGGCCAAGAAGGAGAAGAAGGAGAAGCCCAAGGAGAAGCUCCCGAUCGAGGGCUCGGACUGGGUCCGUGUCACGACCAACCACGGCAACGUCUUCUACAACAACAAGGAGACGCGCGAGAGCGUGUGGACCGUCCCCGACGACAUCAAGGAGCAGGUCGAGGCGCUCGAGCGCAAGGAGCGCGAGGACAAGGAGCGGGUCGAGCGCGAGGAGCGAGACGAGCGCGACCAUGCGGCGGCGGCGGCGAGCAAGAAGCGCAAGGCCGAGCAUGACGAGCCUGUCGCUCCCGUCGCCGCCGCCGGCGAGGCGGAGGAGGCUGGGCAGGACGAGCCGCAAGGCGGGCGAGACGAGGAGGACGAGCACGAGCGCGGUGAGCUCGAGCUCGAGAUCGAGGGGGCGGACGACGGCGCAGGCGCGAGCGUCCCCGAGAUGAUGGCGCCGCCCGCCGCUUCCGCGGUGUCGUCAACGUCGGACGAGCCGCCGAAGAAGAAGAAGAAGAAGGCCAAGGUCGUGUCGUCGCUCGAGGACCUCGCCGACGAGGACUGGCAGCGCUCGAUCGCGGCCCAGAUGGCCGAGGAGGCGGCGGAGGAGGAGGAGGGAGCGCAGGGCGAGAUGGGCAAGGUCGAGACGGAGGAGCCGGCGGCCGAGGAGGCGAGGGCGCAGGCGCAGCGUCUCGAGGUCAACGCCGUCGAGGCGGCGGCCAUGUUCAAGGUCUUGCUGAGCGAGAAGGACAUCAACGCCAUGGCGCCCUUCGAGAGCGAGCUCGCCAAGUUUGUCAACGAUCCUCGGUACCACGCCGUCAAGAGUACUCGCGAGCGCCGCGACCUGUUCGACGAGUUCUGCAAGGAGAAGAUCCGGGCGCAACGUGCGGCCAAGAAGGCGGCGGCGGCGAGCGGCAUCAAGGUCGACCCUCUCGUCGGCUUCCGUUCCCUCCUGUCGACCGCCGUCACCUCGACUCGCUCCCACUUCAGCGACUUUAAGCGCGCGCACCAGAAGGACACGCGGUACCGCGACUUUGGCAAGACCGAGGGCGACCGCGAGAAGGAGUUCAAGAAGUACCUGCGCGACCUCGGCGAGCGCAAGCGCGAGGCGGCCGAGCGAGCAGAGCGCGAGUUCGGCGAGAUGCUGAGGGAGGACGGCGAGAUCCGGCCGGGCGACAAGUGGACCGACGUGAAGAAGCGCCACGCCUCGGACCCACGAUACAGCGCCGUCGCGUCGUCGUCGCUGCGAGAGCAGCUCUUCGACAAGCACCUCGCCGCGCUCUCGUCGGGCGGCAACCGCCCGUCUACCAGCACGUCGGCGCCCUCGGCUCCGGCGCUCAAGGAGGACAAGGCGGCGCGAGCAGCUGCGUCGCUGCGAGAGCGCGAGGAGCGGGUCCGGGCCGACAAGGCGAGGGCCGAGCGCAGCGCCAACGUCGCGAGGAGCAACCUCGGCAAGGACGAGGCCGAACGCGAGUUUGCGCAGCUCCUCAUCGAUGCAGUGCGCGACCACAAGGCCCACUUUGACGACCUCGUGCCGUCCCUCUCGCGCGACCCGCGCUUCGACGCUCAAGCGUUGUACCCGUCCGACAAGCGUCGCCUGUUCGAGCAGCACCAGCAAAAGCUGCAUCGCUCGCGCGUCGCCGACGUCGAGGCCCUCUUUGCCGCCCACUCGCCCAAGCUCACGACCCCCUUCCACGACGUCCUCCCCGCCAUCUCGUCCGACCCGCACGUCGCACGCCUUGUCGGCACCGACUUUGACGCCCUCGAGAACCUGUACACGGCGUCGAUCGCGCGGCGGACGCAGCGCGCCCGGGACGACUUCUCGCAGAUGCUGCGCGAGAGCCCGAUCCUCGAGCACUGGGGCCGCAUGCGCAAGCUUGAAAAGAGGGACAAGGUGGCGCUCAUCGGGCAGGAGGGCACGAGGAACGACGAGUCGGACGACGACGAGCCCGACACGCGCGACAUGGCCGAGCAGAUCGACCUGAAGGCGAUCCACGCCGUGCUCAAGAACGACAAGCGCUACCUCGAGUUUGACCACGUCCCGGACGAUCGCGCUCGGUGGGUCGAGGAGUACACGGAGAACCUCGCGGCCCCCAAGGCAACUGUGCAUCAGCGCGACUGAGUACCUGGACAGUGUGCCUCUGCAAUACCACGUCUCUUUGUCGUCGUC